CGGAGUGGGCUCGACUCCUGAGCCUUGAUUUCUCCACUUGUCCCCUCAGCAUAUCAACUUUUUUUUCAUUUAUUUUUAUAAAGCAGAGCCUCUCCGCGAUGACAUUUGGAGGUAUGUCCACAGAAGCAGACACCGCGGAGGCAUCUGUUGCAGACAUUUCACGCGUUGCCAUGGUAGAUGUAAAUCUGCAGAUGAAGUCAGCCAGGUGAUUUCAGAACUGUUUCCUGUGCGGGCGAACUGGCUUGCAAGUUUCAGUUCCUGUGCAGUGCAGUAAAGCUACUCGCCUGGUCAGAGGAUCACAAUGAAACCAGCUCAGGAGCGCAACCAGGAGUGCCUACCUCCUAAGAAGAGGGAUCUCCCAGUUAGUAACAGUAGUGGUGCUGGAGGGACAGGCGGAGGUGGGGCUUCAGGAGGAGGAGGAGGAGGAGGAGGAGGAGGAGGAGGUGGUGGCAGUGGAGGCAUUGGAGAUGAAGUGGUUUCCAUCCAGAACUCUGUGUGCAACAGUGACUCUCAGGGAGGGACCCCAUCUGGAGAAUGGCUCCGACCUCAGCCAGGGCUUCAUUAUGGAGCUGAUAGUUCUGAUGGCAUGCCAGCAGUGCCAGUUGACCAGUACAGUAUGCUUUAUAAAGUAGCUCUUCCGUCUGUUACCUACUCGCCUACCAGUCUUCACCCAGUGUUAAGCCACAUCUCUCCAGCCUACACUGUACACUCUCCUCUCUUGCAGCAUCCAGGCCUCCCAUAUCCUCCUCUUGGUUAUGCCCAGAUCCCUCAUUCCUCUCUUCAGUUUGUUAGCUCCCCUUAUGCAGCAGUACCCUACGCUCUGCCCCCUGGCUUUGUCCCAGGCUCAUUAAUCUCUCCCUCAGGCACCAUCCCUCAGCCCCAUGCAGUGUCCCACCUCGUUCCCUACCCAUCCGUCAUACAGGAAGGGGUUGUUUCCCCACCUCCCCCGGCCCAGGUAGCUGCUCAUACCUUUGCCAAAGUCGCAGCAUCCGGCAGUGUCCCGCUGAUGUUGCCUUCAGAGCAAGCUGCCCAGCAGCACCUUGGUACUGUAGGGGUCCUACCUGCAACAGAGCUCAGCUCUCGAGGGAUGCCAGUCUUCUACCACCCUCAGGGCACCAGGGCUGCCACUGCCACCAGAGACCCACAUAGUGUCCAUCAGGAGAAUGAACCAGAAAUGAAUGGUGGGGAUAAAGAGCAGGGAGCCAGGGAGGUUGUGCCAGACUCAGCCUACACUGCUAGAAAUGCACGUCUGCAGCAGGUAGCACCCAGCUCUGCAGCACAGGAGCACAACCAGGACAGAAGUCUGCAGAGCCGCAGGUUGGAAGAGAGGAGCUCACCUGGCCAACGCAGCACUCCAGACAGCGACCUGGAAGUGCAGCAGGUGGUUGGCCGUUUGGCGUUCUCUGGCCAAGGCAGCAGCAUGGGGAGAAAAGAGGUCUCCUUUGCUCCCUUGAACCUCUCUCAGGGUGCCCAGAGAGCCAGAGAUGUCCAUGGAGAGAACACAGGGGUCAUUUCUGGCCGCACUGCGUACACAGCCCAACCUGUGAGUUACAGUGACCCCAGAGUGACGAGUCUCCAGCAGCAAACAGGGCAGCCAGGCCAUGCUGUCAUGCUAGCCAAUGGGCAACCAGUCCUUAUUCCCCUGGGGUAUCAUCCACAGCAUCAGCCCCAACCACCACAGCAACACUACCCAGGACAGGCUAAUGAUGCCUCAGCCAGCCAUGCCUCUACCGCCAUGGCCUCCUCAAACCCCAGCUUUAAAGCCUCUGAUCCUUCAGCCAGAGUGUGCCUCUCUGAACGGGCUGUGGGCGAGCCGGCCACAGCUCAGCAGCAGCAGCAGCAGCUUUCUCAGCAGCCACCUGUCCAGCCUACAGCAGAUGCGACUCAGGCCUUAGCUUCGAGCCUCGUUCCUGCCUCGGCUCCCUGCAGCCCAUCGCACUUCAUGAAGGGUGCCAUUAUUCAGUUGGCAACUGGGGAACUGAAGCGUGUGGAGGACCUGCAGACUCAGGACUUUGUACGGAGUGCUGAGGUGAGUGGGGGGCUCAAAAUUGACUCCAGCAUGGUGGUGGACAUCCGUGCCAGUCAGCAGAGACCAGGUCUUGUGUCACUUCACUUUACUGUUGGGGAGCAGCAGAGCAAAGUGACCAUUGAUGUGCCCCCGGAGCAUCCCUUUUUUGUGUUUGGCCAGGGCUGGUCAUCUUGCAGCCCGGAUCGCACGGCUCAGCUCUACGGCCUGGCCUGCCAUCACCUGCAAGUAGGAGACGUGUGUGUGUCCAUCACCCUGCAGCAGCAGCUUCAGCCACAGCAGCAGAAACAACCGCAGCACCAUCAUUCACAACAGCAACAGCAGAACCUGUCCAGGACUUUGAGCAAAACCAAUGCUACAUCAGGACCUGGUCACCAGCUCAUGGGGCCACCUGCCCCUCAGCAGUCACGGCCUCAAUCUCACUUCAGGAUAGACCGCAAUCACAGAGAAAGACAGAGGGAGGGGGAUAAAGAUAUGGUUGAUAAGGAGGAAGCCACACACUUGGGGGUUGUUGGGCACACUGAGCCGCCCAUCAGGCCAAGUAGGACCUCAGCAGAGCAUCCCAGGAGUCAGAGCAGUUACCACUUGCACACAGAGGGCUCCGCUUUUACAGGAGCAGGAAUGGGAGCAAUGCAGGCUGCACUAGGUGCUUCUCAGAGGCGCUGGUCCUCACCUGGCCUCCAAAGAUACAGUAUGAAGGGAGACGAAGGGCAGCGCCCUCAGAUAAGCACCUCCGGCCACACAAGGCCCUCGUUCAUUCCCCACGAGGUCAAACUGUCCAUUGAGGGGCGCUCUAAUGCAGGGAAGUAGCAUCACAAUUGGUAGCAACUGUAGAAGAGACUGCCACGAGUAAAAAUGAGUCUGACAAGGAGAGAAAGAGGAAAAAAAGAGUGUGAAUGUAGCCUCAGAAUGUUUGAGAUUUUGCACACCUAACAAAAAAAAUACAAGAUCUUUGUUGUACCUGGUGAGAAGUUAUGGUUUUGGUUUCACUCAGCCAAAUGAUAAGAGCCUGCGGUUUCCCAGCCAGCCGAAGUCUGACAGGGACAUGAGAAGCUGAGUAGAAAGUAUGUAGCUGAUGAAAUGCCUACCAUAGUCCUUACACACUGCAUUUCUCUUCCUCCCUCCCUCCUUUGUCACCACUUCCUCAUAUUCACGCUUGGAGGUCACCAUCUCCUUCAGAAUACUCUUGCUUCCUUUUUGACCAACAUGAACUACGAAAGAAUGUGUUUGUAACGCAGUGAAGCUACCAACUCUGCAGGUUCUGAAUACUGAAAAGAUUACAGCCAAUGACCUUUUAUCUCCAUUCCUAGAUCCUGUUUCCUUCUAAAGCAUUUACCCAAAAAAGAGUGAGUUUGCUGACAUCAGCAGCUCCUGCGGUGAUGUUGACAGUGUUGAUGCCAACUGUCAGUAUAUGUUACAUUAUUCUUCUUUGGCAGGAGUCUAAAACCUCUGCUGUCAGCAGAAAUAUUCUCUCCCUUCCUUGCUUUUCAGAAGGCGGGUCUGCAAAGAGUUGGAUCCUCUCUCAGGCCAAGCGUGCCCUGUCCCACUUGUCUUACAAUCGAAAAAUAGUGAAAUCAAUCAAUCUCUAUCCAGCAAUCGAUUUUCACUCCAAAAAUAGUUUGCAUUCAUCAUUAAACACUGUCACGCCCUCUGGUUUGGGCUGACGUAACUAAUACGUGUGUUUUUUGCAUUAAUGCCACAAAUUGGAAUCAUGCUUUGUUCUCUAUGAAUGUUAGAUCUUGCAUUCCAGUAUCAUCAGUGAGAAAAUUCAUCAGUUAGUGUUGAAAUUCUUCAUUUAGAGAAUUAUUUCCCAUUCCCAGCGACACCCUCCCUCCUCCUCACUAUACCUCAAAGCUUUCCAGACCAGACUGGUAACUUCUAAAUGCAAUUUUGAAGCGGCGUAAUUAAUGGAGGAAGCACUGGCUGGUCAUCACCAAAGCCACCUGUGGGAACGAACAUCCUGUCACAUCACUGACUGCAAGACACUUUAGCUUAAACCCGGGACACCGGGCUGGAAAGGCCUUGUAGUUUGAAAGAAACCCUGCGUGUGAGUGAAUCAUCCAUGAGGUGUUCUCUUUGUCCUCAACCUGAGUUACUGUUUGCUCAGUUACCAAAUUGAAGCAAUAGUUCUUUUCACAGCUCGCGGCUCUUCUGCUCUCCACAAAGAAUUUUUCUUUUUAAUCUCUACAUUCAAAUUGUGAGAUCUCUUUUAA